UUAAAGUAUUAAAAAUCUGUUUUUGCAAAUGAAAAUAAAAAAUGUGGGAGCAUAAAAAAAGGAUUUAACGGCGAGUCGAAUAAACUGAGAGACGGCGAAUCAAGAAAAAGAGACAGAGGGUUCCGGUCGCCAUACCUGGUUUGAAGGAGGAAGAAAUCAGACCUAGUUUUAUAUUUUUGGUGUUGAAUUCGUUGAAGAAGAACAAUGUCGGUUACAGCAGGUGUUAGUGAUACAGUAAUAGCUAUUAGGGAUAAGCUCAGAGGUAAAAUUGGCCAAACAAAAGUUAAACGAUAUUGGCCCGGUAAAGCUCCCGAAUGGGGCGAUGUAGAGAACGAAGAUGCUGCCAGGGAAUCCGCCUUAGAUAAAGCAUUUCCUCGUCACGAAGAAGAUACUGCUAUUGUUAGGAAGGAUGAUCGUAGGCUUCGUCGAUUGGCUCAGCGUCAAACAGAUAACACUGAGGAAGCUAGGGCGGAUCAUCGCCGUAUUCGUCAGGCUGAAAUUGUUUCUACCAGGGAAGAGGAGGAAAGGAGGCAGGAAGGGUUGGAAUUAGAGGAACAAGAUGAGGAUGCUAUGGCAGAGAGAAGAAGACAGAUUAAGGAGAAGUUGCUUCAGAUAGAGCAGGAGGAAGCUCUUCCUCAGGAAGAGGAAGAGGAGGAUGAAGAAGACGAGGAGGAAGAUGAGUCUGAGUUUGAGACUGAUUCUGAUGAGGAAUAUACUGGAGUUGCUAUGGUGAAGCCUGUGUUUGUUCCCAAGUCGGAGAGAGAUACCAUUGCUGAGCGUGAGCGUCUCGAAGCUGAAGAGGAGGCUCUUGAGGAAGCAAAGAAAAGGAGAUUGGAGGAAAGGAGAAUUGAGACGAAGCAGAUUGUUGUUGAGGAGAUACGGAAGGAUGAAGAGAUUCAGAAGAACGUUGAAUUGGAGGCAAACAUUGCUGAUGUGGACACGGAUGAUGAAAUCAACGAGGCAGAGGAAUAUGAAGCUUGGAAAGUGAGAGAGAUUGGUAGGAUCAAGAGGGAUAGGGAGGAUCGGGAGGCACUGUUGAAGGAAAAAGAAGAGGUUGAGAGGGUGAGGAACAUGACAGAGGAAGAAAGGAGAGAGUGGGAAAGGAAGAAUCCAAAACCUGGUCAGUCGUCGAAGCAGAAAUGGAGAUUUAUGCAGAAAUACUAUCACAAGGGUGCUUUCUUCCAGUCUAAUUCUGAUGACCGAGCUUCCACUGUUGGAACUGAUAAUAUAUUCGAACGUGAUUUCUCUGCCCCGACUGGGGAAGAUAAAAUGGACAAGACAAUAUUGCCUAAGGUUAUGCAAGUUAAGCACUUUGGUCGAAGUGGAAGAACUAAGUGGUCGCAUCUGGUCAAUGAGGACACUACUGAUUGGAACAAUCCGUGGACUUACAAUGAUCCACUUCGUGCAAAGUAUAAUGGGAGAAUGGCAGCAAUGAACGCACCUAUAGCGAAACCUAAAGGAAGCAGAAAAUUGAAGGAUUGGGAAUCUCGUUGAAUUUGAGGUUCAGAAGUGAUGUAUGAAGAUACUGUCCUUAAGAUAAUUUGAUUCCAGAAAACACCAGAUUAGAUAUGCCCUAUCCGAUGUAUACUUGUUUUCUAUCUUUAUCAGGAAAGUGAGGUAGUUCCUGGCUUAAGCGGCAUGCACGCAUUGGGACAUUGAGUGCAGUUCAUGCAGAUUGUAACUUAUGACUGGUUCAUGUGCAUAUUCUUCCUCAGUUAAUGAAUGAAUCAUAGCUGAUUAAGAGUCCUGCCAACUUAAUUUGUUUAACCACUUAGGACUAUGACUUCCUACCUUGUUUGUCAUCUCGUUGACAUUGUUACUGGCUCUUAUGAGGAUUACAUUGAGUUUGCCUGUAUUGAUGCCACUGACGCCACUGUUUUUACAAAUAAAUAGUCAGAAGAUAGUGUCAGAUAUGUUGGAUUGAAAGUGAUUAGAAAAGUCUUUAAAAGCUGGGCAUUGAGAUAUAAUUUGGUCAAUUAAAUAUACACAUUCAAUGAUCAAGCCCUGUUUAUUAAAAGCGUAUAAAUGAACAAUGUAUUUUCUUAA